GGCGGGAAGCUGGGGGAGGGGUGAGGAUGGAGGGAUCCUGGGCUGGGAGGCAGUGUGGGCCCGGGCCCGGCAACCUGGGUUUGGCUGGGCGGAAGCGGGGACGGCUGUGGGGACGGUGCUUUUUCCUCUGCCCCGCCCCCUGGGACCACCUCCCCUCCCCCCUGCCGUCCGCCGGCUGCGAUCUGGCUGGUGGCCGUUAGUUAGCUUUCCCAAGGCCGUUCCUUCAGGCUUCUCCUCCCGCGUCAAGGAGAGGCGGUUUCCUUGCAGUUACGGCCGGUUCCAUCUCAACGCCCAGCCCUCGUUGUGAGGAACAGGCAGGUUGGGAUUUCGGGGCUUUCCCGCCAGAGCAAGGGCUUCUCUCGGGGGAAGCUGUUUUCACCCGGAAGCUCAGCCUUUCUCUUAUACUUGCUUCACCUCCCGCCUUCCUUGAGACCUGAAUGGUAUUUCUCCGCUACUUCUCCGUCUCACGUAAACAUUUCUCCAACUCUUUUACUCUGUGGUAUCUCCCUGAGAUGUGAUAUCGCUAGUGCCACCAUCAGAAAGAAACGUCGGGACCCUCCUGCCCAGGUUAUGAAAAUCCCCUUAACUGCCACUGUUUGCUUACCUGGCUCAUCGCCUCCUGGACUUUGUAUCUUUGCUAAAGUCAGUGAUGUGAAAACACCUGACAUGGAUGAUAUUGCUGAUAGGAUGAGGAUGGAUGCUGGAGAAGUAACUUUAAUGAACCAUAACUCCAUAUUCAAAACCCAUCUCCUGUCACAAACAGGUUUUGCAGAGGACCAGCUUUCACUUUCUGACCAUCAGAUUUUACCUUCUAGACAAGGAAAUUUGGACCGCUCUUACACUUGCUCUGCAAGAAGUACCACUUAUAAUGCAAAUUAUUAUUCAGGAUUCUUUGUCAGCAAGAUGAGAUCUCCUCCCCUAAAAAGACACAACCCUUCCUCAGACAGUUUUCUUGGCUCAGGAGACCUAAGAACCUUUGGCCAGAGUGCAAAUGGCCAGUGGAGAAAUUCCACUCCGGCAUCAGGUUCAACUUUACAGAAAUCAAGAAACAGCCGAAGUCUUUACCUCGAAACCCGAAAGACCUCAAGUGGAUUAUCAAACACUUUUACGGGAAAGUCAAACCAUCACUGCCAUGUGUCUGCAUAUGAAAAAUCUUUUCCUAUUAAGCCUGUUCCAAGUCCAUCUUGGAGUGGUUCAUGUCGUCGAAAUCUUUUGAGCCCCAAGAAAACUCAGAGGCGACAUGUUAGUACAGCAGAAGAGACAGUUCAAGAGGAAGAACGAGAGAUUUACAGACAGCUGCUACAGAUGGUGACAGGGAAACAGUUUUCUGUAGCCAAACCCACCACACAUUUUCCUUUACACCUGUCUCGAUGUCUUAGUUCCAGUAAGAAUACUUUGAAAGAUCCCCUGUUUAAAAAUGGAAACUCUUGUGCAGCUCACAUCAUUGGCUCUGAUACUUCAUCAUCUGGAUCUGCCAGCAUUUUAACUGCCCAGGAACAACUGUCCCACAAUGUGUAUUCCUUAUCAUCUUAUACCCCAGAUGUUGUUGCAUUUGGAUCCAAAGAUUCCGAUCCUCUCCAUCAACCCCCACAACAGCACUCACUUCCACAUCAGCCAGAUAACCUACCAGCUUCAAAUACACAAUCUGAAGGAUCAGACUCUGUGAUUUUACUCAAAGUGAAAGAUUCCCAGACUCCAACUCCCAGUCCUACUUUUUUCCAGGCAGAGCUGUGGAUCAAAGAAUUAACUAGUGUUUAUGAUUCUCGAGCACGGGAGAGAUUGCGCCAAAUUGAAGAGCAGAAAGCAUUGGCAUUACAGCUUCAAAACCAGAGACUGCAGGAGCAGGAACAUUCAGUACAUGAUUCAGUAGAACUGCAUCUUCGUGUGCCUCUUGAAAAGGAGAUCCCUGUUACGAUUGUUCAAGAAACAGGAAAAAAAGGUCAUAAAUUAACUGAUAGUGAAGAUGAAUUUCCUGAAAUCACAGAGGAAAUGGAGAAAGAAAUAAAGAAUGUAUUUCGUAAUGGGAACCAGGAUGAAGUUCUGAGUGAAGCAUUCCGCUUGACCAUUACACGCAAAGAUAUUCAAACUCUAAACCAUCUGAACUGGCUCAAUGAUGAGAGCAUGCAGAAGUUCCCAGGCCAGGAUUGAACCUGUGCCACAGAAGUGACCCAGGCCACAACAGUGAUGACGCUGGAUCCUUAACCUGCUCGGCCACCAAGGAACUGCAAGAAACCUAUUUUGAAUGACACAGAUAAGUUAAAAGAAUGGAAAAAUAUGCCAUGCAAACACUAAACAAAAGAAAGAUGAAGUAACAAUAUUAAUAUCACACCAAGUAGAUUUCAGAACAUGGAAUGUUCCAAUGAUAGACAUUUCAUAAUGAUAAGAGGAUAAACUCAUCUAGAAGAUUAACUGCCUAGAUAUGUAUGCAUCUAAUAACAGAACUUCAAAAUACAACAUGAAGCAAAACCUAAAAAAACACGAAGGGGAAAUAGACAAAUCUAUAAUUACUGUUGAAGAUUUCAGCACCUCUCUCCCAAUAAUUUAUUUUGUUUCCAAGGAGAAAUUAAAUCUAAAUGAUGCUCAGUAAGAGAGGAAAUGGCUUGCAAAACAUUAAGUCCAGCUAGACAAAACUAGCACAGGGAAUAGGUUUUCCCUAGAAAAUAAAAAAUGAUUGUGGGAAAAGGGAAAAAAAUUAGACAGAAUGAGAUAAAUUGGUUUAGUGAAUGAAUAGGAUGGGUCUCCCGUGUGCUGUGCACCCCUACAUGUAGAAUAAGAUGAUCAGAAUAGGAGUUAACAGUGUUUCUAACAUGACUCAGAGUCCACAUCAUUGUAGUUUACCUCUUUCAAGUGUUUCUUAAUAGAACUAGUUCUUUUGAUAAACAGGGAUUUAUGUGAGGUCACAGGGAGAAUAGUAAUUACAGUUGUCAUGGCUCCAUAAAAAUAGAUGUUGCCUGCCUGUCUUUCUCUAAAAUUUUGGCAGUAAUUCUAAUAAUUUGUUACUUGAAUUUGCACAUGAGAAAAAUCCUGGGCACAGUGAGAGAUGCAGUAACAGAGAGAUUGUGUGAAGUCUUCCCUCUUGGUUUCUAUGAUGUUCUUAGGUUAGAUCUUAGUGACCUUCUGAAUCAUAAUAUUCAGGUGCUGUUGCUUUUGGGUUUUGUGGUUGACAAGGUUGACAGUGUGGUUGACGUUCUAAUUUAAAAAAUCAGAAUGAAGAGGCAGGAAAAUCUAGAAGGGUAAAAUAGGAAGAACAGCUUUUUCCCCAAAAAAGUAAUCUUUUCUUUUUCUUUCUUUCUUUUUUUUUUUUUUUUUUUUUUUGUCUUUUUAGGGCUACACCCAGGGCAUAUGGAAUUUCUCAGGCUAGGAGUUGAAUCCGAGCUGCACCUACUGACCCAUGCCAUGGCCCCAGCAAUGUCAUAUCCGAACUGUGUCUGUGACCUUCACCAAGCCCCACAGCAACGCUGGAUCCUUAACCCACUGAAGCGAGUCUAGGGAAUCAAACCUGCAUCCUCAUGAAUCCUACUUGGGUUCAUUCCCACUGAGCCACAAUGGGGAACUCCCCCCUAAAAGUAAUCUUGGUUUCUGCUAAGAAGCACUGUCAUGCCCAAGACUUGUAGAACAUUUUUUUCCUAAGCUAAUUUUAAGUGUCAGAGUGUGAAAUUGGGAAGGAUUAAAAGUCAGGACUUGACUGUUAGUGAAAUUUUUACUUCUUUUAAAUGCAUGAGAAAACAGUAGUUUGGCUGGUUUACUGCAUGAGAAGGAAGAUACAAAUAGCAGUAGUCAUUUAUGUCAUUGUGGUAACAUACAGGAAAAGGAUUGAAUCCUUAGUUUGAAAACAUUGUAGGCUUUUCUUUUAAAGAGAAGCUUUUUUCAGCUUCAGCCUGGCAGCUCUUCAAAUAAAAUCACAAAGAAACAAGACACUGUAAACAACCAUUCCACUCCCAAACAGGACUGCAUAGACAAGCAGGCGCUCAUGGCCAAGGCUGUGAAGGCAGCCGGAAGGGCAGCUCUUUAGAAGCCACAGCAAAGAGAGGCAAGUGUGGGCCCCCAAAAGAGUGACAAGUGCAAGACCAGUAGGCACAGGGCUGAUUUACUACUCUUAGCCCCCUAUUCCAAAGGGAAUUCAAGAUCUUCUGGAGCUAAGAGAGCCCUGUGUGCAGAAAGGCUCUCACCAUGCAAGGGGAGAGACCCUUGUCUUCACGCAGUAUAAGCAAAUGCUGUUACUGCUUCUCUUUCAUCUUAAACACUGUGAUCUCUUCUCUCAUUUUGGUUUUCUUCAUCUUCAGCCCUCCUCUGUGAGAAGAUGUGUAGGAAUCUUUUUGUUCUCCUAAUUCCUAGCUUGUUUUUUUGGUAUGAUUGUAUCUUGGCAGACCUAUGGCAGUUUUCCUCAUUUGGACAGAGUAAUAGCUGAAAAACUGAGGAGAGAAACUUGGAUCUAAAAUCUGCCUCAGAUGUCAGAUUACACAUCCUUGGCUAAUAGGAGGGAACAUUGAAGCCACCAAACUCCCUCCUAAUGGGAUACAGUGUAAAUGAAAAGGAACCCAGAUCCUCCCUAGAGCUAGUUUAAUGAGCUGACUUUGGAGGAAGCCAUUUCCCUCUCAGUGGAGAAACCUUGGUUGGAGGCAGAGCUAAAGCAAUGGAAAAAGGUCCUGAUCCCUAGGUUCCUGUUCAGCUGGUUUGGUCUUCAGCUUUAUAGUCCACUCUCAAAAUAAUAAAAUAAGAAACAGCUCAAGCUAGACUUAAUUGUUUUCUGGAACUCUUUCCUCCUGAAAAAUGUGAUAGCCAUGUGUGGUGUGGCACUCAUUUAUGUCAUCGUUUUCACUGUAGGUUAAUGAUCCCAAAGGCGAUAUACCCCGGCACCUGGGGAGAUAGAUCUCCAUGGCUCUGAUGUGCUUAGCUGUCCUUACCUCUCUGUGAUUCCUUCCACCUCCACCUCAAAUCCUUAUUGCCUGUUGUAAUAUAUAACUUAUCUGCCCCAUGGAGGGUUUGGCUUACAGUGACUGACAGAUUGCCUGUUCUCUUCACCCCUUGGAUUGGAGGGUUUAGCCUCAUAACAUGGCUAAUAUUGUGGGGUAGAGUACCAGAGGAGUCAGUCCCUUCUUAAUGAUUUUCUUUCACUCGGGAAUUCAGAUUAUAGCCAGGAAGUCUGUGCUUGUUGGGCAGAUCUUCCUGUAUUCCUGGCUGUCUUCACAAGCCUAGAAACAUCCUUUAGCACCAUUGCCUUUGGGGCAGAGUUAGAUUGAAAACCUCGAUUUGAGAAAUCUGUGAUCCUGAUUGUGUCUUGAUUCAUUAUCAUUUAAGUAAGUCAGCUCCAGUUACUUAUUGGCUAUCACACCAGGCAGAGAAUUAACCACAACCUGAGUUUUCUGGGCCUAUAGCUCAGUCUUCAGAGAUGCAGGCAGAACAGUGUCUUUCUUCAGUCCUAGCUUUCCCCACCACCACCCUCAGAGCCCGGCCUCAUGGUGAAUGUGGUUUCCUUGCAACUGCCUAGGCAUCCUCAUCUAUAGGCCCUUUCUCUAGUCUAGACCAUGCUCCGGUGUGUUCCUGGCAGUAUUCCCUGCUGCCUACCCAGUAUGUAGUUGCCUACUGUUGGGCAGUAGCUCACUGCUCUGGCAUCCUAGUGUGUAAAUAUUUGUCAAAGGACGGGGGCGUUUUCCCAUUCCCCAAAAAGCAUUCUGAAAAAUGUGCCUGUUUUCUUAGUCAUAUUUCCAAGCCGUGGAUCAGUUAGCCCAUUCAUUCCUUGUAGUUGACAGACACUAGUGCCUGACCUCAGUUGGCCACAUAAAGUAAGUAUGCAGUAACUUCCGGCACAGUAACUUCCAAGCUUUAGUACCGAGGAGCCUUGGACCUAAAGGAACCGUGGACAACAUAGUCACUAUUAAAGAACACAUUAUUUCAUUAGCAUGUUUUAACAUAUCUCUGCUAACAUGACAUUAAGCAUUUUAACUUCUUUCACUUGUACUUGCCUCAUAUUGAAGGCGUAAAUGAGUCAACAAAAAUGAGAAAGCUAACCAUACAGAUUCUGGGGGAGAAUGUUACUCUUCAUGUUUGUGAUUUUACUUUCAAGUCUCAUGUAAUGUCGGUUAUACUAUAUCCAUGUCUGCCUCUAUACAAGCAACAUUGCUAAGCUGCUGUCGCUUUAGAGAUGUUUUUCCAGUAAGUUGAUGGUUUAUCCUGUCACUCAGUUCUACUUGAGACCAAAACAGUUUGCUUUUGCUCAGUGGCGUAUUAGGCUGAAAAUGCAAUCUUUAGUCAUUGAGCAGUUUUCUAUCUUUGUGCAAAAUCAGGAGGCCUUCAUAGAAGGAUUAACUGCUGAUCUUAGCUUUAUUAACAGUAGAUUUGGACCUCAAGAUUUAUUUAAAUGGCUCACACAGACCCAGCAGAUUAAAGGAACUUCUUGUACUCUUUCCUUUCCUUUUCUCUUGAGUCUCACCUAAAGGGUACAGCGCCCCUUCCUCCUCAUUCUCUAGUUGUUUUUUUUUUUACCCUAAUCUUCAGUAUUCUACCGAUCUGGCCAACAUCUGCCCAUGUAUAUCCUGAGCCAUGCAUAUAUGUAAAUAUAUAAAUAUAUAUGUGUGUGUGUGUAUACGUCAACUUUCCCUGUUUUCACUCUUUAUAACCCCCUCAACUCUUGUUCCUAUGCUAUGCAGUGUAGGAAUGGUGUUUCCUUCUUACAACAUAACUGUUUUUGAAGGCUUGAGUAUCUAUUUUAAUAUAUAUACCUUCUUCCCACAGAUCAUCAAUUUCUACAUGAAUAUGCUAAUGGAGCGAAGUAAAGAGAAAGGAAUGCCAAGUGUAC